AUGUCCAAUUGGACUCAACGCCGUCGUCGCCUCUGCAGCGUCGCGUUCUUCUUCAGUCUACGCGCCGUGCUGCUCACCGCUCAAGUGAUGCUCCUGGCGCCGCUUCUUCGUUCCAAACGGCGCGGCGCAUAUCGAACGCACGCCGUUUUGACUUGCUUCGCGCUGCUCGUGCUGCUGCUCUUGUGUGGCGCCACGCCAUUCCUGCUGCGCAUCAUCGCCUCAACGUAUGAGCGGGUGAGCGUGCAAUUUGACGCCAUUUUCCUUCUAAUCGCCAUGACCUCUCAAGUCAGCGACAUCAGCAUUGUCCUAAUCUCUAUGCUGUCGCAGAUCCGCCAGCGCCGCCACUUAUGUGACUUCCUGAAUCAGUUGCAGGACACCGUGCAACGCGUACGCGCCAUACAUGGACGAAACUUCAUAACCGCGCGGGUUCUGCUAUUGUUGUGGCUGCAGCUGGGACUAACGUUGUACGAUAUGUUGACGCAGCUCGUCUUUCUCGCCAAAUUGUCUUUCAAAAUCGCGCCGUGGCAGAUUGUGGUCAACCUGUUGUCGUUGUACCUGCAGCAGUGCCGUGCCACGCUGCAGUUGGUGAUUAUGUGCUGCGUUUUGUUGCUCAUCGCUUGCUAUACUCAAUUGGCGGAGUGCUUGGAGCGUUUCUCAGAGGACUCAAGUGCCGAGCUGACAAAUUAUGAGGAUUUGGUUUGGCUGCAGAAGGUUUUGUACAAGCUCACCCUCCAGCUAAAAGACGUUUUUCAGUUUCCGCUCUUUCUGCUUGUUGUCGGCGAAUUCAUUAGCGUAUUGGCCAAUUUGUAUGCGCAGCUUCACUAUUACGUCACAACGAAAGCUUGGUGGUUCGCCUUUGUCUUCUAUUGCGCUAAGAUAAGCGUUGAGCUGUACCUGCUCAUACACGUCGUCUACUUUUGUUGCGUGUUGCAUGAGAAAGUCACUAACCUCUUCCUCGAUCGCGAUAUGGACUUCAAGGAGCCGCAUUGCCGCUUUGAAUUAACCCACACAGAUGUACUAUGGCCGCAACCGAUUAGGUUCUACAUCCUCGGCAUGUUUGAGCUGAACAACGAGUUUUGGCUGUUCUUGGUUUCUUAUUCCGUGAAUUUCAUAGUCAUCAUUUUGCAGUUUGGCUUCUUCACCUAGAAAAGCGUUUUGUGGCACGGAAACAGAGGGGUUGUUCGCAAGUUAUAUAUUUUC